UGUUGACAGUGUAGCUGGACGUUUCCAUCAAAUCGUUGCAUAAUACAGUGUAUGUUCCGAUAAUUUCCCAAAUUACAGGAUCCUAAAUAUAGCUGAUUGUCACAGCGAAGCAGCCUCGGAAAAUGCUGCAGUUACGACGGCUUUGGGUCGUCGUGGCUCUUACAUACAUGCACACGGUGUCAUCCGCAAGCCUCAAAAGAAAAGAAAUGCACGUAUACCGUAGACGAAAUAUAGAAUGUUAUACAAUGGAAGACGGGACAGAUUAUCGAGGAACAGUAUCCGUUACCAUGCCGUCACCAAGUAACCCGGAUGGUCCCGGCGACACUUGCAUAAAUUGGACACCGAAGCAAAUCAAUGACAACCCUAACACUGGCCUCGGAAAUCAUAACUACUGUCGUAACCCGGAUAAUGACCCCCUAGGUCCUUGGUGUUAUACCAGUAAUCCUAAUGCAUUAUUCAGAUUCUGUGAUGUUGGAAGUCCUAGUACGUACUGCGGGGGUGGAGGAGCUGGAGAUCCACACAUGGUGACGUUCGACGGUAACAGAUUUAAUUUCCAAGGGUACUGUACAUAUGUUCUUGUCAGAGACUGCAGAGACUCUGGGUACUCCUCUUUUGAGAUAACCUCCGACUUCCGGGGUAAAACAGAUCCCAUUAAACCGCCCACCAGGAUGGUUGAUAUAAAGAUUGCGGUGACUGGAAUUCCACGAUUAACUCUACUCGAAGAUAACUCAUAUAUGGUCGGGACAGAGAUAUUUUUUAAUGGUACCAGUGUGAGCCUCGGAGACGAACUUGGUUCGGUGACAUCAGACGGAAACACGGUUACCGUGCAGAUAAAAGAGCCGGAAUUGUCGAUUUCUUGGAACGGAAAACCACACAAAGUAAUGAUAUGGUUAAAUGACGAGCAAUGGGUCGGUAACAUUUGUGGAAUGCUAGGAAAUGCCGAUGGCAACCCUGCGAACGAUUUCAUCAAACCUAACGGUCAGAUUGCAUCCGACACUGAUGAUUUCGGCAAUAGCUGGACUGUUCCGGGAAGCUGUCCACGCUUCUGAGAUGAGAGAACACUUAAUGGAUAUACUACCAAGAACGUGAAGUAGCAACAGAAGUCUCAUAGUAUUUAUUUAUUUAGAAUCCAUCCAUUCCACGCUUGGCGGACCCUAUAAUAAUUUAUUAAGCAAUCGAUCGUUGUCUGAUUAUUAGUUCACGCGUUGGUUUGAAAGCUACUAAGGAGCAAUGCUGAAUGUAAUUUAACAGCCUGGCAUACUAUAGCGACCUAGCUGACACAUUCGGAAUAGAAUAAUUUGCUGUGGAUAAUCUCGAACAUCUUUUAAACAUUUAUAGUAAGUUAAUACAUACAUUACAUGCGAAACCAACAAAUGUCAACAUUAAACAUUAGUAUUUGUAAUUAGAGAAAGUAUGACUCGUUGAAAAACGUUUGGAUUAAUUUAUCAAUUAACUGAUAAAACAUAAUGUAUAAUAUAUAUGUAUACAUUACUUAUGUUGAUGUAAAAACAACAUAUACUAUAUUAGGAGUUCGAACCUAAAUUCUUUGUCUUAGCUUACAUAAUUUCAUGAACAAUACUUUAACACAUACUCUCGUCAGUGAAACUAUUACAUAAUGUUGAAGUGAAGUGCGAAUCGUGUCAUGUAGCAUAUAUUUUUGUUCAUUAAUUCAUGCAUUUAAGUUGUUACACUUAAUCGAAUAUUUA